AAAGAAUCUUGCAAGGCUUCAUGUUUUGCAGGUGUUAGUACUUUUCUGGGCUUUCAAGUUUUACAGACUUUAAAAUAUCCUUUAUUACUGCAGAGUAGUUUGGCAUUUGAAGUGUUGGCAUUCCUUGGAGUGCAGCCUUCGUGAGGCAUGGCUAGAAGAGUUACUAUGGGAACAGACAGGGAAAGGAGUUAGACUUGCCUUUGUCUAAAGCUCCACUUUCUAAAGAAAGUGGCUCAUGCUGCAAAUCUGAAAAGGGUUGUUUUUUUCCUUUAAAAAAGUAGGGGCAAAAAGAGUAGAACAUUUAAGCUGGAAAUCUGUAGUGCCUUUUCUGGCAUUGGCCAGGUAUCCUUUUUGAUGCUGCUACAGACUCUUAAGAACAGGCAAUUCAUGAAUGAACCUUGUAGUGCUUUGUAUCUACACAGAAGUUAAGAAUAUGAUUUAGUAGCUUGCCCACAGUCUCAGUCUCCUCAUUCAGAGUGACCUCCUCUGUCCAGCACUGGUUUCACAAUAUCAUACACGAUGUUAUGUCAUCCUCAUAACCAGCACAGCUCCAUCAGAGCUGGGAUCUGCUUUCUGUGGAAUAACCUUCAUGUAGCUCUAACUUUUGGGGAAAAGCUAUGCAAUUUGCACAUUCCCUGGGAGAAAAGAACAAGGUUCCAGUGGUGACUGAGUCCCAGCCACUGCCUGAAGCUAUGCCUCUUCUUAUUGGUUAGGGUUAGUUUUGAUGAAUUAAGUGUAAUUUAGCAUUGACAGACACAAAUCUAAUUAUCACAGUUUGACUACAAGAUCCAAACUAGCAGUCCAGCUCCUGCUAUACAGAGCUCUGUACAGGCAUUUAGUGCCACAGCUGAGAACAGUCUUGAAAUAAUUAACACUAUCUUAUGCCAAAUACUAAAUGAAAGUGGUCUUCGCUGAUUUUCCAUGCAUGUGGGGCAUCCCAGGUCAUUUUUCCUUCUUCAGAAAAGGAAAAAUGAGGUGCCCUGUGAUGUACUCCUUUACAUAUGUGCUUAUAUACUAUCUCAUCAUGCUUAUACAUAAACUUAUGAAUGUUUAGUGUGUACCACUUGCAGUCCUGCUGGUGCUUAGCUGGCUUGGACAAGCAUUUGCCCUAAAAACCAUCCAAGUAAACCAUCCAGCAGUAGGUUUAGGGAUGGUUCAGAAUCCCAGCCUGUUGGCUUCUGUGGAUAAGCAGCCAAUUACAAGCAUGCUUUGGUCAAUCUCCCUUAUAUUUCGGAGGUAAAUCGUUAUUAAACAUGCUUAUAUGGCUGUAGAAUUUAAGCACAUUGACCUAGCAGUGCGCAGGCUGCUGCUGGAAGCUCCCCACGCCAACCGCUCCCGCUCUCCGUCCGUUCCGGUAACCUCCUCCCCACAGCUCCGCGCCGCCAGCGGCUUAUACCCAGUACUGCCCCGACCCCUCCGCCGUCCCCGCUGUCCCCGCUUACCGCUCCGCGCAGAGGGGCCGCACCGGGCGCUGCGGCGGCGGCGCGCUCCCAUUGGCUCGAGUGCAACGGCGGCGCGCUCCGAUUGGUCCCGCCGGGCCGGAAGCGGCUCUUGUCCGACGCGGCCCGCUCCGCCGCGGUUUGCGGUGCUCCCGUGGUGUCGGUCCCGUCUGCCACGGCCUGCCCCAGGAGUGUCAUGUAACAGCUUGGAAUUUUCACCUGAAAACAGAAAAUGGCUUCAAGAGGAGCAACAGAAACUAGUAAGCUCAAACAAAACUUGGAGGAGCAGUUGGAUAGGUUAAUGCAGCAGCUUCAAGAUCUGGAUGAAUGUAGAGAGGAGCUGGAUGCAGAUGAGUAUGAAGAGACCAAAAAAGAAACCCUGGAACAGCUGAGUGAGAUCAAUGACUCCCUGAAGAAGAUUAUGUCUGGAGAUAUGACUUUGGUGGAUGAGCUCAGUGGGAUGCAACUGGCAAUACAAGCAGCCAUCAGCCAAGCAUUUAAAACUCCAGAAGUAAUUAGAAUGUUUGCAAAGAAACAACCAAGGCAAUUGAGGACAAGGUUGGCAGAGAUGGACCGGGACUUAAUGGUUGGAAAGUUGGGACGAGACCUAUACACGCAGCAGAAAGUGGAAAUCCUGACUGCUCUCAGGAAGCUUGGUGAGAAGCUCACUCCAGAUGAUGAGACAUUUUUGUCAGCAAAUGCUGGUGCAGCCCUGAGCCAGUUUGAGAAAGUCUCCACUGACCUUGGAUCAGGAGACAAAGUCUUUGCUCUAGCAAGUUUCGAAGUAGAAAAGGCAAAACAAUGAAGAGGUGCGUGAGGCUUGUGUCUCUCCAGUUGUCAGCAGCAUCGGACUUCUGUCAUAUUGCAUUUGGUUUUUCUAUUUCUGACAUGUUGAAAAGCAAAACAAAACCCCAAACUCUAAGCCUCUUGGGUUCUUAACCAGAAGAUAUGAAGUAAACAGCCUUAAGUGCACUUUGGAACUCUGGUGUCUGUACCCCAUACUCAUACAAGCUCUGAGGCUGAACACUAAGUGGUACUCUGGAAACAAAAGCAUGGUAUGACUGGGAAGAAUCAGCUUUUGUGACCUUUUCUGAAUGUGUAUUUCUCUAACUAUUAAAACAUAAUCUUUUUUGCAUGUGGUUGUAGGAAGCAGAUGUUUUUCAGGAGCAGUCCUAAUGAGUGGGUGGUUUUUGGGGUGAUUCUUCACAUUGCUCUCAGAUGUCUUAAUUUUUGCCCUGACUUACUACUAAGUAGUUUGUACUGGGAAUGCAUUGAAGCUUGGAAAAAUUGACAUAGUUUAUUUGAAAUGCCAUCUUUCUACAAACUGUUUGCAGAAGAACCAAAAUGAGACUGUAUGCUGAUCGUGAGCCCUGAGCUGCUUGUUUGCUGUGCACAUGAAUGAGCUCCAUUGUAUCCUAGCCUUGACUGACAAACAAUGGGAGCCCUGUAGGGAGGCUUCUGGAGUAAUUUAACCUUGUAUAUUGAAAUGACAGGGAAUUGCUAGGAAGUGGCAGUGAGAAGCCUUUUCUAUGACCUCUUACUUCAGCUCUGGAUGGAAAACUACAUGCUACCGUUGUUUCCCAGUAUUUUUGAGAUAGCAUGAAACAGCUUGAGAUAGAAACAAGUUUAAAAGGUGGGGGGUGAACUCUCAUUAUGUGAUUGGUGCAAGUUUGCUCAGUGUAUUUAUCAGGUGGCAGUGCUCUGGAGAGGGGAAUGUGCCUCCACAGAACAAUUAGAAUCCUGAAGGAGGAUUUGAAAUCUCCUCUUGUUGAAUCUUUAACUCUGAGUGUAGAGAAGCUACCUGGGACUUUAAAUGUGUGGUUUAACUUCCUGGUAAACUAUGUUUUGGGAAUCGAUGUUGGGAAUCUUGUUGUUAAGUACUGUUUGCUUCACAGUUUAAUUUAAUACUUAGCAUUUGGUUUGAGUUUUUAUUUCAUUGACGUUUUUUUCAGCUUGAGAAACAUGCAUUUCAGAUCUCCCUUGGUAUAUAUUUAGGCACUGAUCUGACGGUCUUGGCAACCAAAAGAAAAGAAAAAAGAUGGCUUAAUUGAAUUUCAUACCUGUUAACUUUAUUUACCACUAGGUAGAGAAUAGUACACAGCUUUUAGCAGUAAAUAAAUGGGGGGGAAAUGCAAAAGUAACUUCAUGCAAAUAAAAGCAAUUUCCCUCUAUUUCUGUGCAAAAGGAAUUCAAACACUAGACAGUUUUGGGUCCUUUAGGCUGCGUGUUUUACCAGAGCUGGAUGUUUGCACUUGCUGGAUGUUUGAGCUUCACAAGUGGAGGAAGCAUUAUGAAAUGUCAUUGGCAAAAGGAGGUUUGGCUGUGCUUGUGUUGAUGUGCUAUUAUUAUCUGGCACCCCUCAGAGAAAGUGGGACUUGCCAGGCACAGGUACAGCCAGUUCCCCUUCCCAUAAGGUGGAGCAGAAAUGUAUUGAGAUGAAAAAGCUGCCAUUUUGCUGCUUAAUUUGUUUUUUCUAAGUGGUAAAUCUAUUUUUCCUUAAAUAAGCACAAAGUGCAAUAACCAAAUGGCACAGUGAUUUGUGCUGAUUCUCCGGCAUGUAAAACUGACACUAAAAACAGGUUAAAGAGAGAUGUCUACCUAUAUCACUAAGGUGGUUGGUGUAUCUUCAGGACAAACAGAUUUUGUGCUGGUUUGAGUGAUUUUUGGGUAUUUUACUGGCAAUGUGUCUUAAGUUUUAGGCAUUUCUGAACUGAGCUGUAAAAUGUGCUAGCUGCCAUCACAGUAAGUCUGUUCCUGGAAAGAAAAGGAUGGUGAUAAUACUGGAAAGAUUAGUAUUCCUAGAGGAAAAAAAGAGAUCUUCUUUCCAUCUUUUAGUGCUUUGAAUGAUAAGAAAUACAUGUUCUAAAUGGAUGAUACUGAAUUCUUUUUGAAUUAGUAAUGGUUUAUAAACCAACUUCUAAAUCCAAAGUUUGGGUCGAUUCAGUUCCAGUUUAUGGUGGUGUGGCUCUUGGCAACGCUGGAGUUGGAUUUGCAUUUGUCAGCAGUGAAGGUGAAGGAAUCCUGUGUUUAAUGGGGUAGAACAUCCAUGUUUCACCUAUCAUAUAUAUAUAUUUAGCUCGUAUAGCUAGACUUGAGCUUCAGUGAGAACUGCUUCAAAUUGAGUGAAGUGGAAAUAGUCUUAAAUGUGGAUAGCUUAUUGCAGUGUUAAUCUGUGUCAUUUAGGAGUCACUUAGAGACUAAGUGGGUAGCAUAGACUAAAACCAGAAAAUUAACAGGAUCAGUCAUAACUUAGAUUGCACUAUGAAGCAUAAACACCCAAUAAAUAAGCAAGUUGGUCUACUUAUAAACUAGAACGGGAGUAAACCAGAAAAUGUGGGGUUUAGAAUGUAUUUUGCUUUAAUAGAGAUCUUCAUGAAAUCUAGUAUGUUAGAAAUGAAAGGAUACCCAGUAUAAACAGCUUAAUUUGUCUGAACACUGAUGGAACUUUUUCAUCAUUUCUUUUUUAAGAAGCUUUUAUUUAAAUGAGGUCCUUUGUCCAUUAUAUCAAAACUGUUUUGCUGUCUGGGGCAGCAUUAUGUUCUUUGACAAGGGCUGAUUGCAGUUUUAUAGCUGAGAGCAGCUUAUUAAAAAGCAUUAUUAGACAGUCUAAAAUUACUGAAAACAAAACAGUCCCUGGGGACUGUAGCUGCCUUCUUUUCCUUUCUGCUCAUUACUGGUGCUAAGUAACUCUUCUCUCCCCACACCCCCCAGCUUGCUUGUGGCAUUAGUAUGUAAAUGAAAUCUCUCAGCACUCCCACAGAUCACAGUAAGUUUACAGUACAAUGAUAGGGAAAUCUUUUCCCUUGUAGUCUGAGAGGUGUACAUUUCCAGUAGAAACUCUUUUUAUUGAUAAUAUUUCAGGAUUUUUGCAUUUUCUGUACUGCAAACAGUUGUAAAAUUCCUAUUAAAUACAUCUUUGACUGAA